AUGUGGAACGACGAAGACAACAAUCCCUACGGGGACAGCUUUGACAGGAGGGACUCGUUUUCCUCGUCCAUAGCUAAUCCCACGUCCCCAACUUCUCACGAGUAUCCUCAGUAUGACGUCCCCCAUCCCCCAGAGGAAGCUCACCAAUCAAGCUUCAACGCGCCAGCGACUGCCGCGCGAGACAGCGGCGACGAUGAAGACGAUGACGAUGACGCGCAAGCCCAGCUGGCUCCUCGAAGGAAGCCUGGCGGCUAUGACAGCCGCAUUGAGCAGAUCCUCUACGAGAACCCAGAGCUCCCUAUCCUGAUCACAGACGCUGGGAAGAGCUUGGAAAGCGGAGGCAGAUACAUUGUUUAUACAAUCAGGACAGGCGAUCUCGAGGUUCGCAGACGUUAUUCCGAGUUCUCUUCGCUUCGCGAGGCGCUCAUUCGACUUCACCCUACCAUCAUUAUCCCUCCGAUCCCAGAGAAACACACUAUGGCCGACUAUGCGGCCAACCCCACCAACGCGAAGCAGGACCAGCAGAUUAUCGACCUGCGGAAGCGCAUGCUCGCGGUGUUUCUGAAUCGCUGUCGGAGAAACCAGCAAAUUCGGACGGAUGGCGUGUGGUGGCGCUUCCUAGACCCGAAUGCGAGCUGGAACGAGGUCCUCCAUUCUCAUCCGAUCUCAUCCAUACCAAAGUCCAUUUUCAAAGCACCCCCGCUGGAUCCUGCAAACCCAACACCCGCCCACAACUACCUGCCCAUCCCAGCAUCUUCCAGCAAGCUGAAGUCGCAACAGACCAUUGGCCCCGGUGUUGAUGGUGCUUUCGGCACUGGAAACAACGCGGGAUUGUCCCGAUUCCCGCCCGAGAAUGCGAACUUGAGCGAGCAGGAGCUGGAUCCUUAUUUCACAUCAUUCGAGUCAUCCAUCAAGGAACUGGAACAGCUGCUUUCGGGGCCUAUGGAGAAGGUCAACAGACGGUCGCUCAGCCACUACUCUCUACUGGCGACGGACCUGUCAGAACUCGGUGCGAAGUACAACGCCUUUGCGCUGUCUGAGCAGGACCCUACGCUCGGCCCCGUCAUAGAGCGGAUCGGACAAGCCGCGGAUAUGUCUUACGUUGCCACUGAGGAGCUUUCGACCUCUCUGGGGGCCAGCUUCGCGGAGCCCAUGAGAGAAAACGCGCAAUUUGCUGGUGUGGUCAGAAGCGUUCUGCGAUAUCGGAUCAUGAAACGGAUACAACAAGAACUCACCAACGAUGAGCUCAACAAGAAGAGACUCCUACUGGACCAGCUCGAGAGGAGUGAGGCGGAAGCCCGUAGAAUUGACCAGUACCUUAGUGGAAGCCAGCAGAUUCAGCCGCCCCGGAGGUCUACAAGUGUGCAAGAUUCUUCGAAUCGGCAUCGCAGGGAAGGUAGCCAGGAAGACACGGCUUCUAUUGACUCGGACUUUCCCCCUACCCACGGCGACAUCUCCUCGGCACCAUCAGCCAAGAUUGGUUCUCCUGAGCGAUCCAACAGCAGCCCGGGCCAUAAGAAGGCAGCGAGCGGGAACUCCAUCACGAACAAGAUCUUUGGCCCCAUCCGCCACGCCGUGCAAGGGGUUGUUGAUGUUGACCCGGAGAAGACUCGGCGGGACACCAUAGGCAGGACCCGAGAAUCGAUCGCCCAACUUGAGCAGGCGCAGGUCGCGGUCGCGCAAGACGUCAAGGAUGCAAGUGCCAGCGUGCUGAAAGACAUGAAGCGAUUCCAGAAGGAGAAGGAGGAUGACCUGAGACGCUACAUGCUCGCCUAUGCAAAGAGCCAGAUCGAGUGGGCGAAGAAGAACAAGGAGACAUGGGAGGAGGCGCGAGCCGAGGUUGAUAAGAUCGACGAGUCUUAG